AUGAGGUCAGUGAGGGCAGCCCUCUCCCGAGGCCAUUUGCUCCACGUGCUGGUCCUGGCGGUGCUCCUGGUUGACACCCUGGGCGAGGAUUUAAUUUUUCACCGGGAGUUGGGGUUCGACUCUUAUGAAAUCACCAUCCCCAAGAAACUGAGCUUCCGGGGAGGGGAGCAGGGUGUGGCCAACCAUGUGUCCUACCUCCUGCAGGUAAAAGGCAAGAAGCAUGUCCUUCACCUGUGGCCCAAGAGGUUUCUGUUGCCCCGACAUCUGCCAGUUUUCUCCUACACAGGACAGGGGCAACUCCUGGAAGACUACCCUUACAUACCCAGGGACUGCAACUAUAUGGGCUUGGUAGAAGGAGUGGAGGAUUCUGAAGCUACUUUCAGUACAUGCAGUGAGGGACUCCGAGGCAUUUUGAAAAUUGAUUCCAAAUAUUACCAAGUCGAGCCCCUUAAGACCUCUUCCACUUUUGAACACAUCGUAUAUCUUCUGAAGAACGAGGAAGAAUUUCAAGAUCAGAUCUGUGGCUUAAUUGAUGAGGCUACUGAGGAGCAGAUGGGCCAACCUGAGAAUAUGGCUAGGAGAAGGGAUUUUACUGGACCCUCUACACACACAAAAUACUUGGAAUUAGGCCUGAUCUUUGAUAAUGAGAGAUAUUUAUAUUCAAAUUCCAAUCUUACUGAAGUCACAAAUGAUGCCAUUCUUCUGACUUCAAUUAUGGACACCUACUUUCAGGAACUUCAUGUGAGAAUACAACUGAGCGCACUUGAAGUAUGGACAGAUAAAGACAAAGUAGAUAUUGGCUUUUCAACAUUACAGGAAGCUUUAGGCCAAUUUUUGAUAUACCAGAGAAAUGUACUAAGUACUAUGUUUUCUGCGGAUUGGGCGCAACUCUACACUAAAAGACGUUAUAUUGAUGCUCUUGCAUGGUCCUGGGGGAAAGUGUGUACUAUGAGAUAUGCUGGAUCUGUAAGCGUUUUUCCAGAUAAUGGUCUCCUUGGACCUGCCACUUGGGGUGCUCAUAAUCUGGGCCAUAGUGUGGGAAUGAACCAUGAUGACAAAUACUGCAGAUGUAAGGGUAGGCGUAGUUGCAUCAUGGGCACUGGACGAAUUGGGUUUAGUAAUUGUAGUUUUAUCCAUUUUUUUAACCACGUACGUAGAGAAGCCAACUGUCUAAAUAAUAUCCCCAAACAACUAUUUGUGGUUAAGAGAUGUGGAAACAAAAUUGUGGAAGACGAUGAGGAAUGUGACUGUGGUUCAUUAGAGAACUGUGAAACAGACCUAUGUUGUCAACCAGGAUGUAAAUUCAGAGAUGGUGCCAAUUGCAGCAUUGGGCUGUGCUGUCAUAACUGCCACUUUCGUCCUUCUGGGUACAUGUGUCGAAAGGAAGAAAAUGAAUGUGACCUUGCAGAAUACUGCGAUGGGGCCUCAGGUUUCUGCCCAACUGAUACGUAUAAACAGGAUGGAACCCCGUGCAAGUACGAAGCUCGUUGUUUCAGGAAGGGCUGUCGAUCCACGUAUAUGCAGUGCCAAAGCAUUUUUGGAUCUGAUGCCAGGGAGGCUCCUGAUCAAUGCUAUGAAGCAGUUAAUUUAAUAGGUGAUCAAUUUGGGAACUGUGGCAUUAUAGGAUCUGGUUCCUAUAAAAAAUGUACCAGGACAAAUGCAAUAUGUGGCAGAGUUCAGUGUAUAAAUGUCAGAACACUCCCUGAUAUGCCAGAUUAUACUAACGUCAUUUCUACUCACCUCGGGGAUAAAAAUCUUAAGUGCUGGGGCAUUGGUUAUCAUCAGUCCUUGGUGCCCAUGGGGAUUCCUGAUGUGGGCGCCGUCAAUGAUGGUACCUCCUGUGGAACAAACCGGAUAUGUGUGAACACAACUUGUAUGGAUAGUUCAAUUUUGAAUUUUGACUGUUUGCCUCAGAAGUGCAACCACAGGGGCUUUUGCAACAAUAAUAAAAACUGCCACUGCAUGUAUGGCUGGGCGCCUCCCCUCUGCGAGGAGGCUGGGUAUGGAGGAAGCGUGGACAGCGGGCCGCCAGGAAUGCUGAAUGUGGGGGUGCCCGACUCUGUCCAGAUCACGUUCCUUAUAUUACUGCGUCUUAUUUUGUUACUCAUCACAGUGAUUAUUGUGUUUUUCAGACAACUUAUAGGAAAUUAUUUAACCCCCCCCCCAACUGAAACACCACUGAGUAACACUGAAGUUAGAGAAACACCACUGCCUAACACUAAUGUUAAAAAACCCAAGGCAAAAACUAUUAAAAGAAACAAAGUGUAA